CAGGUGCUGUCAUUCGUUUCUUGCUGCGACUAGCUACGAUUAGCUGCAGACGCCCGAUAAUAAUAAUCAUCAUCUCCAUGUUCAAGCGUCUCUAGGAUCUGUCGUGACUGCGACCAUGGCGACGGCAUAUACUGUCGCCUCUACGACAUCCUCGACCGCAUAUGGAUGGGAAUCUAAUUCCACGCUCUCUCCUCAAUAUAAUGGGUUCUACACAGUGUCGCAAGAGCAGCAGCAGGAGCAACAAGUCGACCAAGAAACCGCGAGCGCAUUUUGGAAGUUCCUUGCGGCUUGUUCAUCGUACCUGGUGCUUGUAGGAUUUCUUGUAAUUCCACUAGCAUUUGGAAAUGAAUCGCAUGGCGACAAGACAUCCAUGAUCAUUGCCGCAUUGGUCUUGGUUGCGAUCGGAUACACGACAUCCCUCAUGUUGGUCUGCUUCCAAGGACGUGAGCGGGCAUACUUGCUACACUCGCUGUUUCUAUCAUGCACCGCAUCAAACCUCCUCGCCCUACUGAACGUCUUGCUCAACGUCCUCUGUCGCAAAUUGCCCCUGGGCACCCUCGAGAUCGCCAGCCUCAGUCUUCCAAGCGUAUUCGCACUUCUUUACGGCGCGGGAGCCUUAUGGAGCUAUGCGGGAGAUUUCAUGGUGGUGACCCGAGUGAGGAAGCAUGAGAGUCCACUGACCGAGGAAGAAAUGCAGCGACAACAACUGCAACGCCUGUUAGAUCAUAAUUCCAAGGCCCCAAGCCCGAAGGUUGUUCAGAAGACAUUCCGAGUCAGCGCUCCGGAGCGCAUUAACCCAGGGAAAGGUUGGGAUACGUUUACACCUGCGCGAGAUGAUGGGUAUGGGAAUCGGUGGACACCUGCCUGAUACUGCAUUUACUAAUCACUAUUGUUGACGCUCAUAAUCUGCCUCAUAACUCUGAGCUUAAUGAACUAAUGUGCUUGAACGAAUGCAUUUGGAUCGUAUUAAUUCAGCACUGGCUGUUUAGACUAACCUG